ACCAGUCCCCUUUCCCUUGUUCCUUGCUCCCACAUCAUCUAUCUCUUCCUCUCGCAUCCCUCACCAGGUCUGUGACCAAGAUCUCAUGGCCGCCAGCGCCAACUGCAUGCCCACGAACCGACAUGCUGAUGACCAGCCUUCGCUACCACCAGCGAUCUCGCUAGCAUCCUCCACACACCACCCUAACCGCGGACUCAGCUCCGAGGAGGAGAACCUCGCCUUCUCUCUGAUGAUGCUGGCUAGUGGCAUCCGUGACGAGCAUCCUGCAUCCCUCGACCAUGUUACAACGCCGUCACCGCCUCUGCCACCACACAUGGCAGAUGUUCCAGCGGGCGUAUCCCAGGGUGCACCGGCGGCCGAGGCGACCAGCCAAACACCCGCUUCGGUGGUUGUGGUCGCUUCAAGGCAAGUUCCCACACAUGUGCCUUCACUGUCGCCGGCAAUCGCUGUCAGGCCAAAUAUGGUGCUGGAGCAGGUGGUUCCACCGACCCAAGCGCCACACCCGGCGAUUGUGACUCAAGCGGCCCCUGCUCUGGCAUUGGCAUCCACCCAAGCGCGACAAGUUGUCGCGACGAACAAAGUGCCAUUCAACAAGCCCAACAAAGCGUCCACACAACCAAUCAAGCCAUGUAAAUCGCUGAAGACCGUGGCCGCGAUGGCGGAGAGCCAGACGCCACAACAGGAGAGCCAACAGCUGUUGCACGAGUGCCCGUUGUGUCUCAAGAGGUUCAAGAAGUCUCGGGGCCUUAUUGUGCACAUGAAAACCCAUCCAGAUGGGAGGAUGCACCCGUGUGUGUGGUGCACGAGCACUUUCCCAACCUCCUCCGCGCUUCGCUCACACGUCAGGCGCAGCAACACCUGCGGUGGAAACAGGCCGAGAAGGCUUGCACCCGUAGCCGCGGCGGCGAUCGCAUGGCACACCAUCGACCUGAACAUGCCGGAGAUUUAAUUAGUUCCGCGAUGGAGAAGGGGGAGGACAUCCACAAAGAACUUGCGGUUGGUGUGUUAAUGCGGCAAUAAAUGUCAGUUUCUAGUCCUCAUAUUAGAGUCCGGCAGUUUCAGGUUGAUGAACAGCUGUAGUACUUAAUUUCGGUGGCUAGCUUUGGCUUUUAUUGUCAGUCCGUGUUUUUAUCUUGUGCUUGUUGAUUGGUUCACCAUGGUCCGAUCUUUCUUUCUUGUAUGUCCUUUGUCUUGGUCAUGUAUUUGCGUUUACAUGAUUGAAUAAACUUUAU